AUAGAGAACUCUGUGUGUAUUGACACAGAACGGUUUGAUACACUGAAGGUUAAGAAAACAGAGCAAAAUAAUCCCCGGAUUUCUUCCCCCAUACAUCACCGUUUGUCUGCAUAUGGAUUCCCAUAGACAGCCUUAAUCAUCCUCAGUUAUUGUACUAACCGAUGCUGUAGUUUUUAUGCACCGACUGAGAAAUGAUUAUUGAAUCUGAAUCCUUUUAUCGGCUGCUGCUACUGCUGCUUCGAUCUUUCUUUAGUUUCCUGACCUAAUUUGCUCCUCCUGCUGCUGUUGCUUUGUUUCUUGUUUUUUUGAAAAAUAAAAAAAUUCUGGGUUUUGUUUGUGGGUUAUUGUUGAAGUGAAAUUGGGAAGGGGUGAGGGAAGGAAUCAGUUGCUUUUGUUGGAAUUUCUUGUUGUUUUGUAAGUACUUUUAUUGUUUUUUUCGGUUCUCCAUUGUUGGGAAGAAUGAACAGUGGUGAUGGCGGGGGAGAGACUUCAACUGCGGCGGGUGCACCUGCGCCGCUGGAGUGGAAUUUUUCUCAGGUCUUUGGUGAGCGGGCGGCCGGCGAGGAAGUACAGGAAGUGGAUAUCAUCUCUGCCAUUGAGUUUGAUAGAACUGGCGAUCAUCUGGCCACUGGCGAUCGUGGUGGAAGGGUGGUGUUAUUUGAAAGAACAGAUACAAAAGACCAUGGUGGCAAUCGAAGAGAUUUAGAACAAAUGGACUAUUCAGUUGAUCGACAACCUGAGUUCCGUUAUAAAACUGAAUUUCAAAGCCAUGAACCCGAGUUUGAUUAUCUCAAGAGUUUGGAGAUUGAGGAGAAAAUCAACAAGAUUAGGUGGUGCCAGGCAGCUAAUGGUGCCCUCUUUCUUCUGUCUACUAAUGACAAGACCAUCAAAUUCUGGAAGGUUCAGGAAAAGAAAGUGAAGAAAGUUGCUGAUAUAAAUGUCAACCCAUCUAAAGCUUCUGGAAAUGGUGGAAGUACUGCAAGUUCUAGUGUCUGCGCUAGUCCUAGGCAGUGCCUUGAUAAUGGUGGCUGUUCAGAUCAACCUUACAACUCUUUGAGCAACGACUUUUUGUUUCCACCUGGGGGCAUCCCGUCUCUGCGAUUACCAGUGGUAGUCACAAGCAAUGAGACCAGUCUACUUGCAAGAUGUAGAAGAGUAUAUGCUCAUGCACAUGACUACCAUAUCAAUUCCAUCUCAAACAACAGUGAUGGUGAAACAUUUAUAUCAGCUGAUGAUCUCCGAAUAAAUCUUUGGAACCUGGAAAUAAGCAAUCAAAGUUUCAAUAUUGUUGAUGUGAAGCCAGCAAAUAUGGAGGAUCUGACUGAGGUGAUAACAUCGGCAGAAUUUCAUCCUACUCAUUGCAAUAUGUUGGCAUAUAGCAGCUCAAAAGGCUCCAUUCGACUUAUUGACUUGCGUCAAUCUGCGUUGUGUGAUUCACAUUCUAAACUAUUUGAGGAGUCUGAGGCACCUGGCUCGAGAUCAUUUUUCACUGAGAUAAUUGCCUCAAUUUCAGAUGUUAAGUUUGCUAGGGAUGGCAGAUAUUUGUUGAGUCGGGAUUACAUGACCCUUAAGUUGUGGGAUAUCAAUAUGGAUUCGGGUCCUGUGGCCGCCUUCCAGGUUCACGAGUACUUAAGACCAAAGCUCUGUGACUUGUAUGAAAAUGAUUCCAUUUUUGAUAAAUUUGAAUGCUGCUUGAGCGGAGAUGGUCUUCGAGUUGCAACUGGUUCUUACAGCAAUCUAUUCCGCGUAUUUGGUUGUGCUGCUGGUAGCACCGAGGAAACGACUCUUGAAGCUAGCAAGAACCCAAUGAGCAUUUUCUCGAUUCCUCCCAGACGACAUGUCCAGACCCCUUCAAGGCCUUCAAGAGCCCUCGGCAGCAGCAUUACCCGUGUUGUCAAACGCGGCGCAGAAAAUCAAGGAAUCGACGCCAAUGGAAACACUUUCGACUUCUCCUCAAAGCUGCUCCACCUGGCGUGGCACCCGUCAGAGAAUUCCAUCGCCUGCGCCGCUUCAAAUAGCUUGUACAUGUACUAUGCAUAGAAAAAAUGCUCGUCUUCAACCUCCGCCGGGUAAUGAUCUGUGGCCAAAGUGGCCUUUGAAUGUACCAAAAGUGGUCCGGGAUGGACGGAGGAACAAACAAACAAACGAACGAUAGAUCGAAACGGUAGAACAAAUGAACGAACACAAUGAACAAGCUGCGGAUUAUCGACCCUUUUCUCUCAUUUGAUUCAACAGCCAGUAGUGAUCCUUGUUAAAUGUUUCCUUAAUUUAGGUGCUGCUUCUUUUGCAUCUUA